AUGCCGCCGCGGAUACCCGUCCGCUUUGCCUGGACGUCUCCUUCACCCGCCGCAGUCCUCAAUGGGUCCGGUGCGAGCCUGGGCAGUCGCACAUUUUCCUCUACACCACGAUCACUCGCCCUCGGCCCGCAAUCUCCAAAUUAUGUCGAAGUCCCCAAGCCAUUGCAGCCCACCUACCCGGCCAAACCCACAGUAAAAGGUCACCUGCCCAUUCCACGUGACAUAUUCAAGACGAGGAAUAAGCACCCCAAGGAAUCAGACGUUUUCCUGGGAAAGACGGCGCGAGAGCCCAAGGAAGUAAAAGUGCCAGGUCCAUAUAGCAGAGAUGCUGAAUACCGGUUGUAUAAGCAACGGCUGGCGGACAAGAGGAGAGAAAACUUGAAGGAGGGUGUCAAGCAGCUGCACGAGAGAAAAGUCACGUCAGAGGCACAGUACAUGGCUAAGAUCCAGGCCAUUGGAGCGAAGAGGCGCGAGCUGGCCAUGGCACCCCGCCGCGAAGUCGACAUCUUGACCGAGAACUCCGUUUCCAAGGGCAUCCGCGACUUCCUCACAGACAACCUGCCCCCGCGAACAGACAUCUCCAAAGCCCGCAGCAGAGCCUACCAACGACGAAUGGCCAAAGUGGACGCCAUGCGCGCAUCGCGUCUUCACGACCUAUACACCAAUGCGCGCGAAUUUAUUGUAGACGAACAACAACUGGACGAAGCCAUUGACAAGGCUUUUGGCACAGAGGAGUCGCCCAUGGGCUGGGAUAUGAGAGGCAACAUGGGCCCAAGACAUGCGGGCAACGAGGGGCUCAGCCCAUGGCACGGACCCAUGCCCGAAGGCGUGGGCGAUAUGCUGCAGAAACUCAAGGGCGGCGAAGGUGUUGGUCUCGCCAAGGAGCGAGUCAAGAAGCUUGCCGAGGAGCUUACUGGAGGCAAGAUGUAG